CCCUCUGUUUUUUGGUUCUUUUUUCUUGAAUUUGUUUGCUUUUGAAUCUGAAGUUAGUUAGGGUUUGGGUUUCUGAAAUCAUCAUCGAUGGGUUCUUCGAGAUCUGGACUCUUUCAGUUUGGUUUCAUUCUCUUCAUCCUCUUCGUCUCUGCAUCGUCUCAGGAAUUAGGGCUGGAGAGCGCUGAGAAUGCUUCAGAUGAGUCGACGAGACCUUUAGAUCGGCGCACUAAGAUGUUUGUGCACGCGGUGAAGACAGUUACUGAGGAUGGAGAAGGCGUCUUUGCUUUGGGAGAAGCUGGUCCUGGGCUUCUUGACGCCUUCUUUGCAAGUUUAUCAAUGAUUCUAGUCAGUGAGAUUGGGGACGAGACAUUUAUAAUUGCAGCUCUUUUGGCAAUGCGACACCCGAAAUCUAUUGUUUUGUCUGGUGCGCUUGCUGCCCUCGUUGUGAUGACAGUACUGUCUACUGGGUUAGGUAGGAUUGUACCAAAUUUGAUAUCAAGGAAGCACACUAACAGUGCAGCUACAGUUCUCUAUGCAUUCUUUGGCCUCCGACUGCUGUACAUUGCUUGGCGAUCUGAUUCCAAAGCUUCACAAAAGAAGGAAAUGGAAGAGGUGGAAGAAAAGCUUGAGACAGGACAAGGAAAAUCGACAUAUCGACGUUUUCUUUCUAGAUUUUGUACACCAAUAUUCUUAGAGUCAUUUAUUUUGACCUUCUUGGCUGAAUGGGGCGAUCGUAGCCAGAUAGCAACAAUUGCGCUGGCGACCCACAAGAACGCAGUCGGAGUUGCAGUAGGAGCAACAUUAGGGCACACAAUAUGCACGUCGCUUGCGGUGAUUGGAGGUAGCAUGUUGGCCUCCAAGAUCUCGCAAGGCACUGUGGCGACCAUCGGUGGCUUGCUGUUCCUAGGGUUUUCCUUGUCUUCUUACCUCUAUCCUCCAUUGUGAUGAUUGAUUAUUGUAUGGGAGCUGCUU